AGUGCGCAGAGGACGCGGCGGGAGCAUGUACAGGCUCCUCUGCCGGAGUCUGGGCCGAGGCCUCCUGCGGGCCGCGGGGCGGCGGUACCAGGGCUGCUCCGCGCGCCUGCUCCCUGGGCUGGCAGGAGGCCCGGGGCCCGAGGUGCAGGUGCCGCCAUCCCGAGUCGCGCCGCACGGCCGGGGCCCAGGCCUGCUGCCGCUGCUGGCAGCGCUCGCCUGGUUCUCGAGGCCCGCUGCGGCAGAGGAGGAGGAGGAGCAGCAGGGAGCCGACGGGGCCGCCGCCGAGGACGGGGCGGACGAAGCCGAGGCCGAGAUCAUCCAGCUGCUGAAGCGAGCCAAGGUGAGGCGGCUCCGGGCCCUGCGCCCGGCCGAGCGCGGUAGCCUUUGUGAGCGGGGUCUUGGCGUUGUCGCUGCGCAUUGCUCUCUCCGCCUCGCCGAAGAGUGGAUGGAGGCUCCGCGGGUAAAAUUGCCGAGAAUGAGUUGAGCAUCAUGAAAGAUGAGCCAGAAGAGGCUGAGUUAAUUUUGCAUGACGCUCUUCGCCUCGCCUAUCAGACUGAUAACAAGAAGGCCAUCACUUACACUUAUGAUCUGAUGGCCAACUUAGCAUUUAUACGGGGUCAGCUUGAAAAUGCUGAACAACUUUUUAAAGCAACAAUGAGUUACCUCCUUGGAGGGGGCAUGAAGCAGGAGGACAAUGCCAUAAUUGAAAUUUCCCUAAAGCUGGCUAGUAUCUAUGCUGCGCAGAAUAGACAGGAAUUUGCUAUUGCUGGCUAUGAAUUCUGCAUUUCAACUCUAGAGGAAAAAAUUGAAAGAGAAAAGGAAUUAGCAGAAGACAUUAUGUCAGUGGAAGAGAAAGCCAAUACCCACCUCCUCUUGGGCAUGUGCUUAGACGCCUGUGCUCGCUACCUUCUGUUCUCCAAGCAGCCAUCACAGGCACAAAGGAUGUAUGAAAAAGCUCUGCAGAUUUCUGAAGAAAUACAAGGAGAAAGACACCCACAGACCAUCGUGCUGAUGAGUGACCUGGCUACUACCCUGGAUGCACAGGGCCGCUUUGAUGAGGCCUAUAUUUAUAUGCAAAGGGCAUCAGAUCUGGCAAGACAGAUAAAUCAUCCUGAGCUACACAUGGUACUCAGUAAUCUAGCUGCAGUUUUAAUGCACAGAGAACGAUAUACACAAGCAAAAGAGAUCUACCAGGAAGCACUGAAGCAAGCAAAGCUGAAAAAAGAUGAAAUUUCUGUACAACACAUCAGGGAAGAGUUGGCUGAGCUGUCAAAGAAAAGUAGACCUUUGACUUAAAUUCUGUCAAGCUCUAAAUCCAUUUUUGUGUAGGGAGAAUAAUGUCUAGCAAUGCGGAAGAAUAGCUGUCAUUCCUCUCUGUGGCACCCAAAUCAAUGGCUUAAAUCUGUCGUUUUUGAUAUUCAUUCAGGUUUCCUCAAUUUAGCCUUAGUGAAGGGGGAGUUGUAUACACUGCCAUUUUUGUAUUUUAAAGGAAAAAUGACUUUCAUUCCCAACUGAUUAUGAUCUUUCAGGACUGCUGUCAAGUGAUGCUUUCAGUUGUAACACGUGACUUGGUGCUGUCCCUGCUGGUCUAAGUAGAACUAUAGAUUAUUAUGGGCUGGCGUUCCUGUGGGCUGUGGGUGUGGUGAUUCAGCCUGGCAUUUCUACUAUAAGUUUUUGGUCUCCUGAUUUGCUGCCCUCUCUUCUCGUACUUUAUCAAUAUCUGGCAAACUAACCAGAAUUACCUUCUUCAUGGCAAAGGGGGAUUAUGGUGAAUUGUUCUUCUUAUAAUCUGUUUCAUGAAGCACAGUAUGGAAUUUAAUGCAUAAAAAAGGAAAAUAUCUUAGUUUGCUACCAGCAUCCAGUAUGAAGUUUUAAAGUGGGGAUUAGGCACAUGACAGUAUAGCACCCAUUUGAAUUUAAAUAAAAGUGAACCAUAUGUAUCUGGUUAUAUAAAACUAAAAGUGGGGGUGGGCUAGGAAGAAUGAUGUAACCUUUUGUCUACGUUAUCUGAAUGCUCUACUUCCUUUGCAGCCUUAGUCACACAACUGAGUCAUUUCAAGUACUCUUUAAGGACACACAGCCCAGGCUGUUCUGAGUCAGAAUAGACCCCUACAGGUAUAUUUUAAAACUCUUCAUAAUUCUGAUGUGUACUGCUGCUAUAGUUGAACUACUGACCUGGAUCUUAGUCCUAGCCUUUUUGCUUUUGCAAUUUCAGUAUCUUCAUCUCUAAACUAGGGAAACACUGGGAUUCUUUCUUAGCUGUGGGAGAAGGUAUUUGGUUAGAUGACUUUGAAUGAAUAGACUGCUGUGCUGGAAGAUCUUUGCCACACUGCCUCAAAGUAUGUAAAGAUACAUAGGUGGAUGCGUUUACCGCAGCAGUCGUAUGGUACAUUUUUAGCCAUUUACCUAAGGAAAAAGAGUUUCUCUAGGUACCAUGAAGGACCCUGUUGGUAUGCCUGUGGGGGUGGCACGUGAGUGGGACUGAUAAACUGAUAUUUUUGGUUCGUAUGUACAUACUGGAAGAAUCUUUUCAUAAUAAAUGAGACUAUACAACAAGA